ACGUGAUGGUUUGCUGAGAAGCUAUCGGGUUGAUGUUCGAAGCUCCCUCCAUUAAAUUAUCAAUGUGUUGAAGUAUAUGUAAAGAUUACAGAAGAGAAGAUUAGGCGAUAUUCUCUCGGCCUUUAUUCUACAUCGACGGCGCUCCGGAUAAUCGACUGGCCCACCGGUGGAUUUGCGGCCCGUUUCGACUGUAAUUAUCGCCCUCCAUUGCCGUUGACUCCCGCUCUCAGGGUUUUGGUACAAGGCAGAUCUUGAACACUUGAAUCACAUACGAUACACUUGUUGGCCAAUUUUUAACUUGGGGAAUGUCUACGCACGCUGUGGAUGUGGCUCAAAAUGGUAAUGUGAGGAGCCCUGAUACUUCAUCCACAUUGGCUGAAAUUGAAGAAUGUGAUUUCUCUAAGCAAAGGCUUUUGAAUUUGGAGAGAAAGAGAUCAUUUGAUGAAAGGUCCCUUAGUGAAUUGUGUGGCUUCUCUCCUCAAUUCUCCUUUAAAAAUGUGGAUGUCCCUUUUCGAAAUAUGGACCAUCUUGAUGGUGCACAUUCACCGAGUAGAAGGUCCGGGAUCUCUGGAUUCAGUACCCCAAGGUCACAAAAUGGGUUUGAACCUCAUCCGAUGGUUGCAGAGGCUUGGGAAGCUUUGAGGCAUUCUCUUGUGACCUUUCGUGGCCAACCAAUUGGGACUAUUGCAGCACUGGAUAACAGCUCCGAGGAAAAACUUAACUAUGAUCAGGUUUUUGUGAGAGACUUCAUACCAAGUGCAUUGGCUUUUUUGAUGAAUGGGGAGACAGCAAUAGUCAAAAAUUUUAUUUUGAAGACAGUUUGUCUUCAGUCCUGGGAGAAAAAGAUUGAUGCUUUCCAACUUGGAGAAGGAGUGAUGCCAGCUAGUUUUAAAGUACAGCACAAUCCAGUCAGGAAUACUGAAACUUUAAUGCCAGAUUUUGGCGAGAGCGCAAUAGGACGCGUGGCACCUGUUGAUUCUGGAUUUUGGUGGAUUAUAUUACUUCGUGCAUACACAAAGUCUACAGGAGACUCUUCAUUGGCUGACAUGCCUGAAUGCCAGAAGGCUAUUCAUAAGAUACUCAGUUUGUGCCUUUCAGAGGGAUUUGACACAUUUCCAACACUUCUUUGUGCUGAUGGAUGCUGCAUGAUUGAUCGUAGAAUGGGUGUUUAUGGAUAUCCAAUUGAAAUACAAGCUCUUUUCUUCAUGUCUUUGAGAUGCUCUUUGGUUUUAAUCAAGCAAGAAGGCGAGGGAAAGGAGUGUUUUGAACGAGUAUCAAAGCGUCUUCAUGCCUUGAGCUAUCACAUGAGAAAUUACUUUUGGCUAGACUUAAAGCAGCUUAAUGAUAUAUAUCGGUACAAAACUGAAGAAUAUUCUCACACUGCAGUCAAUAAGUUCAAUAUAAUGCCUGAUUCUCUUCCAGAAUGGGUCUUUGAUUUUAUGCCAACUCACGGGGGUUACUUUAUUGGUAAUGUUGGCCCUGCAAAUAUGGAUUUUCGUUGGUUCUGUUUGGGCAAUUGCAUUGCCAUCUUAUCAUCCUUGGCAACUCCUGAGCAAUCUAUUGCAAUCAUGGAUCUAAUAGAAUCUCGUUGGCAAGAGUUGGUUGGAGAGAUGCCUCUGAAGAUUUGUUAUCCUGCCUUAGAAGGGCAUGAAUGGCGGAUUGUAACAGGAUGUGAUCCAAAAAAUACCAGAUGGAGUUACCAUAAUGGAGGCUCUUGGCCAGUGCUCUUAUGGCUCCUCACGGCGGCAAGCAUCAAAACAGGGCGACCCCAGAUUGCAAGACGCGCCAUUGAGCUCGCCGAGACCAGAUUGUUGAAGGACAGCUGGCCUGAGUAUUACGACGGAAAGGUUGGUCGAUUCGUUGGGAAGCAGGCUCGUAAGUUUCAAACCUGGUCGAUUGCUGGCUAUUUGGUGGCAAAAAUGAUGCUGGAAGAUCCAUCCCACCUGGGUAUGAUAGCUCUGGAAGAAGACAAGCAGAUGAAGCCUCUGAUGAAGAGAUCAGCUUCAUGGACUGUUUAGUUUGACCACUUAUUGCAUUUCUCAACUGCUGCUGCUGCGGGGCGGCCUUGGCCUUGGGCCUGGAAAAAGAUGAGAAGCUUCAAUAGCUUGCUUAGCUAGCUUAGCUGGUGUAAAAGAAAUGAAAGCCAUAUUGAACAGAGAAGAAAGGAAGUGAAGCUUCCUGCUCUGUUUCCUCCACUCUUUUUUCUUUCUAGUCUGGAAAACAAAACAAAACAAAACAGAAGUCUCUGCAAACCAGUUGUUUGUGGGUUAUAUUUUGAAUGAAUUUGUAUUACUUGCCCCC